UGUGUGGCGUGGGCCGCGUGGUCUUCGGCCGUCGGUGUCACCACCUCCCAGUGCAUGAGGGUGCCGGGGCCCGCGGCAGUACGGGGGCGACAGGGGGUGUCUGCAAAGCCCGUGCGGCCAGAGGUGGCGGUGAGCGUGAGCCCUGAAUUCGGGCCUCCGGGAUCGCCACGCUCCAUUCCCAGAAGCCUUCGCGCCGACAGGUUUCUCUUCAAAGGAGUUGUGCUGGGGCGCCUGGAGCGUGCGGGGCGCCCAACUUUGCAGGGCGGUCCCUGAAGCCCUGCUUUGUCCGCCAACCCUGAUUCCUUUGGUUCUGGAUGGGGAGAGGAACCCUGAGGCCAUUGACCCACCUGUGCUGCUUUCUCUGCUAAUCGUCCCCGUGCGAGGCCGGACAUUGGGAGGUAGCAAGGCGGGCUGGACAGAGGACCCAAGCACAGAGAGGACAGCAGAAGCAACUCCUACUGCAGGACUAUUACAGGUUUGGCGUGAACUAUUGGGAUCCUCAGUGCCGCCUGACAGAAAACUGCAUGCAGGAAAGGAACACCAGCUGUGCAGAAUCUGAUCUGAGAAAACCUAGAAGGUUUAAGAGACCAACAUGUGCUCUCCUGCCAGUCCCAAAAUCCUAUACAGGAAUCCCCGGUUCCUCCGGUUAGCUUUUCUGCAGCUUCAUCACCAGCAACAGAGUGGUGUGUUCUGUGAUGUCCUUCUGCAGGCAGAAGGUGAGGCAGUCCCAGCCCAUUGCUGCAUCCUGUCAGCCUGCAGCCCCUUCUUCACAGAGCGCCUAGAGCGAGAGAGGCCAGCCCAGGGUCGGAAGGUGGUGCUGGAGCUGGGGGGCCUGAAGAUCAGGACACUUCGGAAGCUGGUGGACUUCCUCUAUACCUCAGAGAUGGAAGUCUCUCAAGAAGAAGCCCAGGAUGUGCUUUCUGCUGCCCGUCAGCUGCGUGUAUCUGAGCUAGAAUCCCUUCAGCUAGAGGGUGGGAAGCUGGUGAAGGCCCCUCAGGGCCGAAGACUGAACCGGGAAUGCUUACAACCUCCAAGUGCUGCACCAAUCUCUGCCAGGGUGGUGGCAUCCAGCCGCCGCCCUCGAACUCCACUGCCUGUUACUCAGACUCCUUGUCCUCUUGGGGCGGUGAGAUUGAAGUCCUCAGCGAAGGAGGAGGGGUCCCCGGAGAAGAGCAACCGACAGAAUGCAGAGAACUUGUCUGGCACUCUUCUACUCAAGAGGAAGGCCAGAGCCUGCCCAACUCCACAAGAAAAAAGCUCUUCUCCAUCAAGCCAUAGUCAGGGACCUAAAGAGAACAAGAGUGACCCUGCCCUUGGUCCUACAGCGCUUUCCCCACCCAGCUUGUACCCCUCUGUGGAUGAGCGACUAUUGCCCAGAAAGAUCAGGCUGAGUCGCUCAAAGCUGUCUCCUGAUGUCUGUACAUCCAAGCCUUCCAGCAUUUUAAGCGGACCCAGCUCAGUGCCCACAGCCCCUGGCCGGCGUCUUUGGCGGCAGAAGAGUAUAAAUAAAGGAGCAUCAGAGGACAAGCAGAAACCAGGGAGAGCUAGCCCUCUACAGAGCACCCCAGGCCCAUCUGGUCUCGGAAAGACAGGUGGGAGCAAGAAGCGGAGCCCUGAAGUCAGGGCACCUAACUCAGACUCUGCAGAGGAGGGGCAGGUUGGGAGAGUGAAACUUCGAAAGACUGUCAACGGGACAUGUUGGGAGGUUGUGCAAGAGCCUCCCCUCAAAAACUCGCAAGAUAGUCCUCAGAUCCCAGAAUCUGGAGACUUGGAAGAGUCCCCUCCAGAGACUCAGCCAUCCUCAAUUAAGGAGCAGGAAAUGUCGUCUGCUAGAACAGGUCUAUGUCAGGACUCCCCCCUGUGCUCUAGGCUACAAGACAUUCUGCUCUCUGCUAGCCGCUCCCCAGGCCACCCAGUGGUGAAGUCCAAGUUUGGGUCCAGUCCAGAGCUGGCAGGGAAGGAACCUGGGUUGGAUACUGACUGCAGAGAGCCCUAUGCAUUUGACACAGCCCUGCUGGGGCAGCCCUGUGAAGCUGAGGAGUACCGAAUCACGAGUGCUGCUGCCACCAGUGAGCUGGAGGAGAUCCUGGACUUCAUGCUCUGUGGCUCAGACAUUGAGCCACCUAUAGGGUCUCUGGAGAGUCCCAGAACUGAGGGCUGCAGGACCCCUAGUUAUCACCUGACAGAAACAGAAAAAAACUGGAUUGAAGGGGAAGAAUGGUGUUUACCAGACAUGGAACUCUGGCCCAGGGAGCUCACAGGACUGGAAAAGGAACCUGUUCCUGAGAACAAAGAGACAAUUGAGCCCUUUAGCCCCCUUGUCAUGCCCUCUGAGAACAAAGUGCCAAUCGAGCCCCUUAGCCCCCUAGUCAUGCCCUCUGAGAUGAGUGAAGAGGAGGUGCUUUCAGUGGGAGGCUCUUGGACUCCAGACCUGAAAAUUACCAGCUCCCAGCCACUGGAUGGUCAGAGAGACAAGCAUCUCCACAUUGACUCCUGUGACACUCCCCCAAGGUCCUAUGAGGACCUCUUGCCUCCCUCUUCAAACUGGGUGGAGACUCGGCUGGAAGUGUCCCUAACUAUGGAUGAGGUACUGUACCCUUCUCCAGAGGCAGGCAAGGAAGUAUCUGGCAGCCUUGAGGUGUUGAGCCCACUUCCUGGCAGCUCUGAAGACGAAGAGAUUGAUGUGGUGGACUGGACAUCAGAGGGGAGGCUGGUGCCAACCAGUAUUCCCUCUGUAUGGCCCGACCCUUCCUCCGAGUCAGAAACAGAGAUAGACAUACUAACAUAGUGGAGUGGGGAGGGCAGGUCAGGGGCAAUG